AGUAAUGGCUGCUUGCAGCAGGACGUUGCCUGGUUUUCUGCGGAGAUGUUGUGGGUGUGUGAUGGAGCUGAGUGUUUCUACUCCUGUCAGGAUGUCCUUACUGUUACGGUUCAUUUGUUGUGAAGCUGUUUAGAAUGCCCCAAAAAAGAGAAGAAUGCUAUAAGUUCAGGUUCCUCCAUUCCUACCUGCGCUGAACCAGCCAGUGCAACUUCAGAACCUCAACACUCUCACCAUAUGUUCCCCGAUGAUCCAUUUUUAUCAUAAUUGCAUACUACAUCUUAUUGUCAUCUAAAAACAGUACACUUAUAAGGUUAAUCAGCACAAGCUCCUCUUUGCAGAAGAGGAGCAUGGCUGCUACAUUCCAUGAGAAAUAUACUGAAGAAUUCAUUAAACAACAGAUUGAAGAGUUCAACAUUGGGAAAAGGCACCUCGCUAAUAUGAUGGGUGAGGAUCCGGAAACAAUUAAUCAGGAGGAUAUUGAUAGAGCGAUCAGAUACCUUUUCCCCACAGGUUUGUUUGACAAGAAGGCCAGACCAAUCAUGAAGCAUCCUUUGGAAGUCUUUCCAAAACAGAGGGCUGUCCAAUGGGGAGAAGAUGGUCGUCCUUUCAAUUAUCUUUUCUACACAGGAAAGCAGUCCUACUAUUCACUUAUACAUGAUACCUAUGAACAAUUUCUUAAUAUCCAGAAAUUUGAAGAUCAACUGAGAGGCAAAGGUCUUUUUUCCCUGGAUUACAAGCCAAUAAAUUUAAUUGGAAGUAGAUGGUUGACCAAAGAAGAACUGGAGGAGAUGCUAGUUGAACACAUUUCUGACCAAGACUACCUGUACUUUCUUCGCUUACUGGAGCGUAUGCUAUCCUUACCAUACUGCAGUAUUAAGGAAGAAUAUGUGUUGAAAUUUCGCAGAAAGAUGGAAGAUCAGUCUAAGCAACAGAUAAUUGAACCUUUACAAUUUGAUGAGAACGGAGUAGCUUUCAGUAAAGGGGAAGGUAAACGGAAAACAGCUAAAGCAACAGUCAUUGUACGAGACCAUGGAAGUGGAAAGGUAACAGUGAAUGGGAUGGAUUAUUUGCUGUACUUUCAAUCAUUCCAGGAAAGAGAACAAUUGAUGUUCCCUUUCCAAUUCCUGGACCGAUUAGGAAUGCAUGACAUGGAAUGUACAGUGCAUUCAGGUGGCAUAUCUGCACAGGCAGGAGCUAUUCGCUUGGCUUCUUCAAGGGCUUUGCUUAAUUUUAUCACUGAAAAAGAGGUGGAAUCCAUGAGACAAGCUGGCUUGCUGACUCCUGAUCCUCGUGUGAGAGAGCGGAAGAAGCCUGGUCAGGAGGGAGCCCGCAGGAAGUUCACAUGGAAGAAACGUUAAUCAGUGCCUUUUCCUGUGAAGCAACCCUGAGGUGGUUUGAAAUCAGAAGCAGAACUUCAACAAGACCUGCAGUAUGGACACCUGCUUAAACAUAUUUGAGGGCUUGCAAGAUCAUUAUUGUCUCAGAUCUCAAUUUCCUGCACAUGAGAACAAAGUCUACCUAUGGUUUUAUUUAUCUACAGAAAUUCUAGGAAUGAAUCCCUUAAUCAUUGUUUUAAAAAGUAUUAUUUUUAUUAUCAGACUGUAAUGGUGUUUUUUGUGUAUGCUGACAAAACAAGAUAUUCAUUUCUUUUCCUGGUGACUUCAGGUGUUUAAUUUUAUAUAUUUGAUACAUUUGUUUACUAGUCUGCAUGUUUUGUGUAGAAACCGCUAAGUUUCUAUAAUGAGCAACUAAUCUGCAAUAUCACUUUUCACUUUGCGACAAGUUUACAUCUGUUGUAACUGUGAUAAUCCUUGUGAGCACUUCUCAAACUUGUUCUCUUUCCCUUCCCUUUCUUUUUUAGAAUAGGCAUCACAUUUUCUUCGUAAAUCCAAUAGCCUAUCAGCCCUUUUAAUUCCAUUAUUUGCAUCAUUGCUUUCACAUUUGUUUAGUUUCCUUGAAAGGAAGAAUUAUUUUAAUGUCAUGCCUGAUUUCUACUUGUAUCAAUUGUUUAAUAUUUGCUCCACUGCAACAUUAUAUAAAUCAAAACUUCUAAUACAAACUGUCACACUCAGCUGUUACCAUUUAUAAUCCCUGCAGGGAUGCUGUUUGUAUUAAGUGACUAAAAUUCCUGUGACAGUUUUUUCUAGGGAUUAUAAGGUAGUACCUUUUUGGGCAUUAAACUCAAGAACCAGAACGUGUUUUGAAGGAUAUCAUCACACAUUUAUUUCUGCCAGCGAGACACUGGAAGCUAUUAUUUGUUAAAUCUUGCCUUUUAUUUGAUAUAGUGGACUUUCUUUGGGAACAGUCUCAAAAAGACAUUUCCAGAGCAACCAGUGCAGAGACUUUCAAUGCAGUCUUCAUCUUUGUAUUUAUGGUGAUAGUUUGAUUUUUAAAGUUGUCAAAGCCAUUUCAUUGCUAGAGCCAGACUGUGUAAGUAAAAGCAGAACAUGCUGGAUGAAUUCCCAUUUUCUGUUUUCAUUUUUCCAACAUUCUCACUAUUUUGUUUCUUUUCAAGUGUAAAAAUAAAUUUGGUCCCAGUGUUUCCUAACCAGGAACAACUUGUAGUACAAUAAGUAUUCAUAGUUCUAGCUAUCCAUCUUUUAGACACUGACUUCAGCUCUCAGAUGGCAUACGUACAAGACCCACUUCAGAGACAAGAGCACGUAAUACAGGAAGUCAGGGCACUUCACUGCACCUCCGAGGGAAUAAAAGAUCCCAUGAUCCCACGGAGCAAUUAUGAAGAGGUAUUACGUAGAAUGGCAUGUGUAAUCUAGGGAUGAUAACAUUCUUACGAUGUUGCAGUUAUUUUUUUAGUAGUACAGAAUAUAGAGCAAUAAGAUGCUGUCAAAAUAGGUUUGGCGAGCAGUGCAUCAUAUAGUUAAUGCACGGUACUGCCAUAGGGGGUCUAGUAGUGGAAGUGCUCAGGUUUUGAGGUGGGAUCUCUAAACCCAUUCAGCUCUUUGAGAUGAGAGUAAUACAGCAGAGACAAGGCUAACAUUCAGAGUUAUCACAUUCAUCUAGAGAAAACUAGCCAGGCAUUUCUUGUGUGCCAUGAUCAUACCCAGCUCUUUCUGAAAUUUAUUUCAGCGUAUCAAGAGUUAAGAUUUGUGAGUCAAAACUUUCCCCUGUUAACAUUGCAAAAAAAAGCAAAUUUGUCAUCUUCAGUAUUUACCACAAGUAGCACCCCAUUGCCACUGCUUCUGCCCCUUGGUCACAUUCUUAAUUUGAGCCAAUUUUAGGAGUCUUCUGUUUGUUCCAGAAUUGUCUUGACAUCACCAAAGCCCCUUGCUUUCAUUGUAAUAUUAAUUUCUUCUGCCUUUGAAACUCUCAUAUCAAGUAUGUUAAUUCAGUCCUUGCUUUUCCUUUCUGGAAUAAUAGCUUGUCUAUAAUCCUUCCAGUCUUGCAAUAAAUCAGUGAUUUGUCA